GGAUAGCCCCGCCCCGGGCUGGAUGGCCCCGCCCCGCCCCGCGCCGCCGAGCCAGGGAUGCCUGAGCUGCACGGAGCAGAGUGCCCCGCCGGGGAGGGCUCAUGCCACAGGACCUGGGGCUGCCUUUGCUGAGUGAGGCUCGGUGCCUGCUGAGGCAGCUCCCAGCACUGCCCUCUCGCAUCAGCACUCCUGCCCCCGCGCCCGAAGGAAGGCAGAGGAGCCUGGUUUUGGAAUUUUCCUGGCAUGCAGUGCAGACAGACGUGCUAGCCAAAAGCCUGGAAGGGCGAGCCCCGGUGCUAGGGCGAGCUGCAGCCCAGCCAUGCUGGGGUGAGCCCUCCCUCCGGAGCGCGCCUCGCUCAGCGCCGGGGCGGCCGCAGGGGCUGCCCAUGGGCUGGGGCAGUGCCUGCCCUGCCUGCCCUGCAGCCACCUGAGGAGCUGAAGGAGGGGAAGAUGUUGGACUUGAGCUUCCUGACCGAGGAGGAGUAUGAAAAGCUGAUGAAGGUUCUGCAGAGGGAUGCAGAGCUGAAGAAGAAGGAUGGGGAUCGCAUCAGGCGGAUACAAGGCUCCAUCAAGGAUGAGAAGAAGAAGAAGUUUGUGACAGGUGAAUGGUUUUCUGAAGUGAAGGCAAAACGGUUUCAGGAAGACUUGGAGGGGCCGGAUCUGCUUCGGGCAUCAAUCAGAAGGAAAAAGGGCAAGUUAGAAAAUGAGGCCAACAAGCACCUCCAGAUGGGUGUGGAAAGCAAAGCAGCCCCAGGUCCUGCCCUUCCUGAGGACGGUGUUGAUGCAGGAGAGGGAAGGUCCAGUACACCUACUCUUGAAACCACAGAGCAGAAAAUUGUGCCAAAACCAAAGCCAAGACUUCCUGUCCAGUUGUCUGCAUCGUACAAGAGAUCCAGCACACAUGAUGUCUCCUCCUCAGAGAGUGACACUGGAACAAGUCCAUUUGUGACAGCAACAAACAGCUCUCAUUUGUCUAGAAAAGGUCAUGGAGUGUCUCCACUGCCCACGCAGCUCCCCGAGGACGCUGUGCCUCAGCCCAGCACUGCACCUGCAGGAGAAGCUGCUGAUGGGGCCACCAGCACCACAGAGGGGCCAAAAACUCCACCCGGAGAACCUUAUGGUCCCAGCAAAAUACCAGUGAGGAAGAGACCCAGCAGAGCCUUCCCCAGCUCUGAGCAGCCUGUGGGUGACACGGGGCCAGCAGAGAAGGGCCCUGCCAAGGACGAGGCGCUGGGCAGCCCCAGAGCCCUGCCCGCGGACGGGGCCGGCAAGCAGGGCGUGAACUACACCAUCUCCUCCAUGAGCACCAAGGAGGAGGACAUCGGCCUGGACCGUGAGCACUUCAGGAGCCUCAAGAGCUUUUGGGAGAAGGGAGCGGACUCGGCGGGAGCACGGCCGGGCCGGGCGGGCGCAGACAGCCGGCACGCCAGGCCGGGCCGCUCGCCCUCCACGCACGGCCAGGCUGCUGAGGGAAACCCUGGUGCCUUCCCCAAAGCAAAGAGCCCCCACAAAAGGACAAUAACGCUGUCUUCCAGCGAGGAGGAGCCAGGCUGUGCCGCCCCUGCGAGGAAGGGCUCGGUUCCUGUCGCUCCCAGAUCCACGAGCGCCAGGAGCAAAGGCGGCCUGGUGGCCACGAAUGGCUCCCUGAGGGAGGGCAGCGAGGAGCUGCUGCUGCCAGGGGCAGAGAGGGCAGUGCAGCACUGCUCCAAGAAAUCCAGGCUGCCUGUGCGAGGGACUCCCAUCCCACCUGAGUCAGCCACCAGGGAUGUGCCUGGCAGCGGGCUGGAGCCAGGGAUGCCUGUGGAGGAGCUGGUGGUGGCAGAGGAGCACAGGCCCACAGCGAGGUCCCUGGCCAGCAGGGUACAGAUACUCAUCGACCCCGCGCUCACAGAUGGGGAAAGCGAUGAUGAGAAAGGGGAAAGAUCUGAUCUGGGCACUCAGGACAACAUGGAAAUAAAUGGAGAGCUACCUGAGGAGAAAAUGUGCGAGUCUUCAGACCAGCCAGCACCUGGUGAUCCACCCAGAGAGAGAGGAGCUGUUCAGGGAACAGACUCGGCUGUUUGCUCAGAGGAAGAGGGGGAUCAUUCUCCUGCUGCUCAGGCACUGGCCCGAGCAAAUGGCAUUAAUCUUGCAAAGAGCAUGCUGAACAUUUACACAAGCACAGAGACAUACAAUAAACCCCAUUUGAUACCACACCAAUAUCUUGAGCCCGAAAGAGUCAAAGAACUGAGCAGAUCUUCUCCUCUCCUGUUGUCUGAGACCGAAUCGGACACGGCUUCAGAGAUCAGCUUCCAGUUUAACAGGCACAAGAAGAGCCCCAGCACUGGCAGCCACUCUUCAGACAUGGCUUCAGUCUCCUCGGUGAGUGGCAGUGUGCUCAGUGUCUACAGCGGCGAUUUUGGGAGUGUGGAUGCCCAAGGAACCGUGGAGUUUGCUCUGGACUAUGACGAGAAGAACCGGGAGUUCCAGGUCCACGUGUCCCAGUGCAAGGACCUGGCUGUGGUGGAUGAGAAGAAAGGCAGAUCUGACCCGUAUGUCAAAACUUACCUGCUCCCAGACAAAGCUAGGAUGGGUAAGAGGAAAACAUCAGUGAAGAAGAGGACAGUGAACCCCAUUUACAAUGAGGUGUUACGGUAUAAAAUAGAGAAAAUGGUAUUGCUGAUCCAAAAAUUGAAUCUCUCUGUUUGGCACAAUGAUCCAUUGGGACGUAACAGUUUUUUGGGAGAGAUUGAGAUAGACUUGGCCAGCUGGGACUGGAGCAACAGGAAACUCAACUGGUACCCACUGAAGCCCCGGAGCCUUUCUGCUGUUAAUGGUGUGGAUCACCGAGGAGUGAUGAGUUUGUCCAUUAAGUACGUCCCCCCUGGAAGCCUAGGGCCCAAGAAUCCUCCCUCUGGUGAAGUUCACAUCUGGGUCAAAGACGUCAAGGACCUGCUGCAGUUGCGUCCCUCGGGAGUUGACUCCUUUGUGAAGUGCUAUGUGCUUCCAGACACCAGUAAGAAGAGCUACCAAAAGACCCGAGUCAUAAAGAGAGACACAAACCCCGUGUUCAAUCACACCAUUGUGUAUGAUGGCUUCCACACGGAGGAUCUGAAGGAUGCCUGUGUUGAACUCACAGUGUGGGACCAUGAAAAGCUUACCAACCAUUUCCUUGGAGGAAUCAGGCUGGGCCUUGGCACAGGUCUGAGCUAUGGCAUCUCCGUGGACUGGAUGGACUCCACGCAGGAGGAGGUGGCCUUUUGGCAGGAGAUGAUGCUGGCUGCCAACGAAUGGAUCGAGGGGCUGCUGCCACUGCGCUCGCUGGCAGGGAGGAGAAAACUGAAAUAACCAUUGUUGGUGCCAUAGAAAUGCCCAGUGUUCAUUAGGGUUAGGAAACCUCCUCCUCCAGGGAGAAGGAGACCAUCCACAGGGCUGCAAGUGCCAGGGUGAUGAGAAAGUCACCCUGGGGGUGUUACUGCUCAGCACUAACCCACUCACGGAGGGCAUGCAAGAUGCCAAACAUGAUUUUGACCAAGAAGAAACUUAAUUUGCCUUUUUGUUUAAUCAUUUAUGUAUUCAGUAUAUUUGAAUUCCAUUAAGCUCCGGGAACAUCGGCAGGAGGAAAAGGAGAUACGGAUACUUUUUUUUUAAUUUUUACCGUUUCUUGUGCCAUUUUUCUUCCGUUUGAGAUGGAGUGGUGCUGAAGCAGAGGCAUGGUGUUAUUCAUACUCCCUGCAAGGGGUACACUUUGUACUUGGUGUGCAAUUGCUCCAAGUCACCAGCACAGUUUGAGAGCGGGAGCUUUGCAUUUGCCACCUCUUUAAUGUGAGGAAAAUUGAGUUCCAAGGUGCGUCUAAGGAAAGAGAGCACUAUUUGCAGCAGAAAAUGAAGAAACCUGAGGAGGAUGACAAUGAGGAAUUUGAUAUAUUAAUUUCAUUCUGCUUUAAUCUGAAAGAGUGCAGGGAUACUCCUAGUAGGAUUUUACAAGCUGUUUUCCUGGCUUUCCCACAGGCUUCCUCAGCGACCUCAGGCAAGUUUCUUUGUGAAAAGAGAGUUUAAGUGCAAUACAAGCUAAAAUGUUUGCCCAAAUGUCAAAUAUGGUUACACUGCUAACGGGCCUAAUCACACCUUUGCAAUGCCCUGUGUGCCAAACAUUUCAAUAUGAGCUGCUGAGGCAGGAGCCAGGCCCAUGUGAGCCUGGCCUCAGGGCAGGGAUGAAGAUCAAAACCCACUCUGGAACGCAGGAGAUCCUGGAGCUGCUGGGAGAGGUGAGCAGGGAGUGAGUGAAUGUGGAGGGAGUGCAGGGCUGCAGUUCCCUGGGGCUCUCCUGCCUCUGCACCCCCUGCUGCCCCUCCAGUCUUCCUUUCACCUGUUUUGAGUUGUCUGCAGCUGGAAUUUCCCUUUGGCCAGUAGCUUGCAAAAAAACCUUUGCACGUUGGCCCUGGUGGAGUGGUGGUGUGAAUACAUCUUGAAUUGCAGCUGUGUAAUUUCUGUUUUGGAUGUACAUAUUGUGAUUAAAUAGAAUGCUUUUCUUUAGUCAUCA